AAAUCAGUGUAUUCCCAGAUGAGAUGAUGAGCUCCGAGUUCAUGGAAAUUUGAUAAGAACCUAAGUGAUGACAAACUAUGUAAAUAGACAAUGUAUGUGACCUAAUACUUAAGUAAACUUAGGAAUAUAUAAAGUAUACACAUGAUUUCUGAUAACCCGUGGUGGCGCACAUUCUACAGACAGUUCCUAUCUGAAUUUUGACUAGAACACUUGCCAAAAUGCUGACGUCUUACCAUUUGGCUAUGAUUCUGGGUGUGCUUCUGGGAUGCUUGCUGCUCCAGGAUAUGGUGGCUGCCAGGGUUUAUACUACAGUUCACAGGCGCCCCAACGCUACGCACUUUACUCCAGCUCAGACCCAUAGUCCCGGCCACAAAGUUCACAACAACUUCACCCGUCCAAACCAAAUUCCAGCUCAGACGUACCAGCCAGGAUAUCCCAUAAACAACUUCACCCGGGUCGCUUUAUCCCCAAAUUGGUCUGCACCGGCUCCUGUUCCGUCCGGCUGGGCAUCUCAGGGCUCCCACACCCACAACACUCCACCAUCACUACCCACAUCUGGUGUUUGGGCGAUCAACAACACCAUACCGUCUGGUUGGAUUCAGCCGUCAGGUCAAGCAGGCAACCCAACCUUUGGACCCGGCAAAUUCAACGCCACUUACUACCCAGCCUAUAAUCACACGACUUUUGCUGCUCCAGCUGGCAGGCCCGCACCUGGAGCUAACCCUUACGCAAAUCUUUCCAUUUAAGUGCGUUUCAAGCCACUGCCCCAAUCAUAAAAAUAAAAGGAUUAAUUCAUUUUUUCAAAAAA